GCUCAUGUUUCGGAUACUGAACCUUCUUCCAUAAACCUGGCCCUUGAAAACCCCCAGGGCCUUGAGAGAAGACGAGACAGGAGCUUGCUGCGGGAGCUUUGUCAUGUGGUUGCUGACCAUUGGAACAGUGGUGGUUUCGGCAUCUUCAUUGCAGGUGGAGGGCCGCGAGAGGCUACUGCAUCCAGAUGUCGCUCUUACAGAUGAGCUCCAAGGAUCCAUUGCAGCUGCAUUGCAAACCAUUGCAGAUGAUCAGAAGCUUGUCGAAUCAGACCGCGCGGUUUUCAUGCAGGAUGGUAUGACCAUCACAAAGACCAAUUCGACCAAGGUGCAGUCUGACGUGACUCGGCAUUCUGCCUGGGAGCUGGUGGCCGAGGACUUGGUGCAGAAGAGAUUCGGCAACUCCUCGGCGGCGAAAGGUCUGGAAGCCCUGCUGGGCGAGGCACGAGCCGCGGAGGUCUCCAUGACGGACUGGCAACAGCUGGCCUUGGCCAUUGCUGCUCUAACGUGCAGAUCCUCAGCUGGAGACUUCCCAUUCGAUUCGGUUUGGGGUGGAAGCUGUCGGGCGGAUGACAAUGUCUUGAUGCAGAUGAACCAAGACCGACGAGGACUGCUGGCGACAACGACGGCGACAACGCCGGCAGCCUGCGCGAUAGAGCCGUUUCCGUGCGACAAUCCGAGCUUUGCCAACUUCCCCAUGCAGGUGAUCAACCACGAGACCCCGAAAAAAGCGACCUUCAAUGUGCUCGACCUCAAUACCGGUACCUACACCGAGAUUUGUGAGGUCUCAGGUGAGAAAUUGAAUGGUUGCGGAAUCAACCCGAAGGAUGAUGCGAUCUACUGCGUCACUGCGGACGGCGACCGCCAGUUCGUGCGGGUUCAGUGCAAUUUUACCAACUGGACUAUCGGUGACGUACCGGUUGCCGGACAGUUGUGCUACUUUGGAAAGACGGAUGGUAACUUCGCAGCCACCUUUGAUCCCUUCACCGGAGAUUAUGUCUACAAGAGGAACGGAGGGGAAAUCGAAAAGCUCAAUUACACUGAAUCUUGGCGCAGGAGGUCUGCAUCUGCUGGAGCGGAUGGACGUUCGAGGAGGACGAGGGCUGCUGAAUCUGCAGGCGCUGCUGGCGCUGCGGCUGCGGGACGCUCAAAGCGCUGCUGGUGCUGCGGUUGGAUCUUCAAGCGCUGCUGGCGCUGCAGCUGGCGGACCCUCGCGCGCCGCUGA